AUGUCUUGGAAUUGUAGAGGGGUAGGGAAGAAAUGCUUCCCUUCCCUAGUUAGGGAUUUAAGCUUUUGUUUUAAAGUCAGUAUUUUGGCUCUUUUGGAAACCAGAGUUGGUAGUCCGAGAAGUGAUGAGAUCAUUAAGAAGUUAGGCUUUCCCAAUUUUUUUAAGCAGGAUCCAGUUGGCUUUUUUGGAGGUUUGUGGUUGCUUUGGGAUGGAAAUAAGGUGGAAUUGGAGAUUCUUAAGGUUCAUCAUCAAUUCAUUCAUACUAGAGUGAAGUAUUUAGAUGCUAAAAAGGUUGAUCUGGUUACUUUUGUGUAUGGUAGCCCUAGGAGACUAGAAAGGAAGUUGCUUUGGGCUGAGCUUGAGGUCAUUAACAAUUCUAUCUUGGAACCCUGGCUGCUCUUGGGUGAUUUUAACUCUAUCCUGCAUGCUUCUGAGAAAGUGGGAGGUAAGGAGGUGUGUUGGGACAGUAUGAAGGAGAUGCAGCUUUGUUUGUCUAGGUGUGACAUCCAUGACUUGGGUUAUAAGGGGCCUGAUUUUACCUGGAAACAUGGGAGGCUCCAUGAGAGAAUGGAUAGAGCUUGUACUAAUGAAGACUGGAAUAUUGCUUGGCCUGAUAAAUUUACCAUUCAUCUUCCUUUCUUUAAUUCUGACCAUAGGCCUAUUCUUAUAUGUGAUGAUGGUCAGUCCAGACCUGGAGAUUAUUCUAGGAGGUUCAAGUUCUUGGCUGCCUGGUUGACUGAUCAGAGAUUCUUUGAUUUGGUUAAAAAGAGUUGGGGGGAAUGA